AUGGAUCUGGGGGCCUGCGAAGGAGGAAGCCAAAGGCAAGUUGCAGCGUUCGUGCUUCCUGUUGGCUUCGUGCCCAUAUUCCUCAAGCUCGCAGUUCACGCAAUACCCACGCUCGGGACCAUUGUUUUGUUCUGGUUCAACUUCGCCAAGUAUUUCAUAGGGAGCACGCUGGCCGGUAUUGCCACGCCACAAGCGCAGAGCAUCGAUAGACUUGCGCUGCAGGUAACAGCAAAGCUCUACGAGGUCUUUGUGAUCGUUUCUCUCACGACGAUAAUCAUGGACGAAGUCAGGGAGAACUUGAUUGUCGAGAAGGGCGGCCUUCCGCUGGGCCUCCUCUUUUCGCACAAACAAUUCUCGGACUUCCUCUACCUCAGGUCUCAUGAAUUUCGAGCUGGAUGUAAAGGCAUUGCCAGCAUCCGCAAGCGCGCUCUGUUCGCUUGGCUCAUAAUUACUUGCUCUUUGGUCGCGCUCUUCGUGGGUCCGUCUUCUGCUAUUUUGAUCAUACCGACUUGGCAUACAAAAUGGCCUGCAGCUGGGGCAUCUAUUUGGCUAAAUGGAGACCUUUCUCCAUCUCAACUCGAUAUCGGGACCAUCGGGAACGAGCUGUGUCUCAACUAUACGGAUGAUCGUAGCAUCCUGGACACCAUGGACUGGACCUACGCCUCGUGCCCCUGGGCUGGCUUCCCACACUUCAAAAGAUACUUUGACGCUCCUGCCACUGGAGCAAGCCAUCAUGUGACGUACAACUCCAGAACCUUUGUCCAGGACAUAACAUUGCAGUGGGCCGAUGGACUGAACUCGAUCUACGCAGUCGACGCCGUGCGUACUUGGGCCGUCUCCAGUAAUUUCGCCAUAGCUGUGUUCGCUCGCCACAUCGCCACCGUGAAUUGGCCUCAAGCUCUGCGGUUGGUGAUCGGACCGAAUAACCAUGGGGUAAGGCAUCAGUACGCAUACGCCCUCUCGAACGGCACCACAGCAAGCGUAGAAGCCCAAGUUCCAGUGGUCCGCACAGAAUGCUUCUUGGCCCAAGAUCAUACGGCGGGCAUCCCGAGUGACCCUCCGAGCGAGAACGAGCAGUAUCUGCCAUUCCCGAUUAUACCAGACUACUCAGGCAGCCGGUGGGGUGCGUACUACAUCCCCGUGCCCAUCGUCGAGAGUUCGCAUACUGCCACUCAAUGGGUCGACAUACCUUCUUCUCCGUCAAUGACCAACUACAACUCGUCGCUUUCCCAUUACCCAAGCGCAUUCCUUAUCAUUCGAAAUGCAAGUACAUUUCAAUCGGACGUCACCUGUUCCAUCCAAGCCGACUGGGUGCCCGGCACACAUGUCACAAGCUUGGUCAGUUGGGAAAUCACAACAAACCAGGCAGCGCAGCUAGGGGACAAGAACUUGGCUUAUUUGAAACAAUGGAUGAACGACGUUGCCCCUUCAGGAGAUUCGCAAAAUGAGCCCACCCUCUUGGGACCAUCGCCAGAGUUCCAAAAGCCAGCCAACUGGCGACAAAUAUCCAUCUCGCCAACAUGGCUGGACAUCCUCACUCCCGAACUUUCUCCAGACAGGCCAGGCUGGACGACGUUGGCUUCAGUGCUAGAUGCCGUGCUGGCCCAGCAAGACAGCGCCGCGUGGGUACCUUUCGAGGUCUAUUCGGAGUCCUGGCACUUUGAGCAGAUCAACGCCGUUAUUACGAGUUUUGUCGCGGACGGACUAUCUCGCCUCGGCUGGGAAGAGAACUACGCCUGGGCACUGAAUCGCGAUACGGUCUUCAAUACGCAGGACAGCAGCAAUGCCUCUGUCUCGGGCUGGAAUUAUGCGCAGCAAGAGUGGGAGGGCGUGUGGUCUGCCCUCAUCCGAAAGAAAGCAACCCUUCUGCCCAAUAUACUCUACCGACAUGCAGACGGACAGAAUUACACCCUACAGAUCGCACUCGAAGGCUACGGCAUGCGCAUCGGCGGGUUAGCGUACAAGCUGGCCCUGCUAGUGGUCUUUAUCUACAUCGCCCUCGUCUUCUACCACAUCCAAUUCGUGGUGCGCAAGAACCGCAAGAGCCAUGGCAGUGACAGCUGGUCGUCGCUCAUCGACAUGCUCGUCCUCGCCCAGACCUCCAACCCGCCUGAUACGGCGCUGCGCAAUACUUGUGCUGGUGUCGCGACGCAUGCUACGUUGAAGCUCCCGGUGACAGUGCGGUCGGUGAAGAGCGAGAAGUUGGGGCGGGAAAAGGUGCAGCUGCUUGUUUAUCAGGAUGGUGGACAGACUGUUGUGCCGGAUGAAGCGUAUGGGGUUAAUAGGAGCCAUCCUGUGCAAUCCCUCUCGCCGGGACCUGGUGCGACUAUACGCUGA